AAGGCACCACAUGAACUUUUUCUUUCACCAUCUCUUACUUGCCAACAAAGAUUUCCACUCCAUGCACACUCACUUUUUCACUAUAACGAUAACCUCAAUUCCCUCCCUAAUUCCAUACUAUUGCGAGCUCCAAAUUUAAUUCCACGACUAUAAUGGCGUCUGUUCGCAAGCUUAUAGUCGAGGUGGUGGACGCGCGAAACCUUCUACCCAAAGACGGACACGGCACAUCUAGCCCUUACGCGGUCCUCGAUUUCCACGGCCAGCGCAGGAAGACGAGGACCGUGAUCCGUGACCUCAGUCCCACGUGGAACGAGAGCCUAGAGUUCAACGUCGCCUCCAAGACCCCUGAGGUCUUUGGCGACAUGCUGGAGCUCGACGUUUUUCACGACAAAAACGUCGGCCCCACAACCAGGAGCAAUUUCCUCGGCAGAGUCAGGCUCAGCGCCACCCAAUUCGUCAAGCGAGGCGAGGAGGCUCUGAUAUAUUAUCCCCUCGAGAAGAAGAGCCUCUUGAGUUGGAUCCAGGGCGAGAUCGGAUUGAAGAUCUACUUCACCGACGAGGCCGCGCCUCCUUCUCCUCCCCCUGAGCCGGCCGCCGCCGAUCCUCCACCACCUCCAGCUUCUGAUGAGCCCGAAAAGAAUGAAACAUCAGCUGCAGCGCCAGAAGAGAAACCACUUGCCGAAGCUGACAAAGUUGAGUCUCCGCCUUCUGAUCCCGACGCCGAUCAAUUGAAGGCAUCAGUUUCUUCAGCAGCAAUGCCGGAAGAGAAAUCAGUUGAGCCUCUGCCACCACCACCGCCUUUUGAUUCCGAAGCCGAUCAGUUGAAGGCGUCAGUUGCCUCAGCGGCCAUGCCGGAAGUGAAGAUCAACGGCCCCAAGCCAAUCAGCCGCGUGUCGUCGGUGCGUAGCUUUAUGUCCGAUCAAUCUGAUAGAUCCACGAUUGAGCAAUCCUCCUUCGAUCUAGUCGACAAAAUGCAUUACCUCUUCGUUCGAGUGGUGAGGGCGCGGUCGCUCCCCACAACGGGGAGCCCCGUGGUGAAGAUCGCCGUCUCCGGCUUCCACGUCGUCUCCAAACCAGCCCGGAAAACCGCAUUAUUCGACUGGGAUCAGACAUUCGCUUUCCGGCGCGACUGGGAAGACUCUUCUUCAAUACUCGAAGUGUCCGUGUGGGACCCCAUCGGUGCUGACGUGGGGCAUGAUUUCCUAGGUGGCAUUUGCUUCGACGUGGGCGAGAUCCCCCUGCGGGACCCGCCGGACAGCCCGCUGGCCCCGCAGUGGUACCGCCUCGAAGGCGGUGGAGCCCACAGAGGGGACCUCAUGCUCGCCACGUGGCUCGGCACCCAAGCCGACGACUCGUUCGCUGAUGCUUGGAAGACUGACACCGUGGGUGCCAACGCCAAUUCCAGAUCCAAGGUGUACCAAUCGCCUAAACUGUGGUACCUCCGCUCCACUGUCAUCGAGGCACAAGACAUCUCAAUGUUAAACUUGAAAGAGUCGAGCUUCCAAUUGAAGGCACAAUUGGGAUUUCAGGUCCAGAAAACAAAACAGGUGAGUGGCGCGCCGCCGUCGUGGAAUGAGGAUCUGAUGUUCGUCGCCGCGGAGCCUUUCACGGCUGAGAAUGACCUCGUGUUCGUCCUGAUCGAGCACAGGCCACCCAAGGAGCAAGCUAUUGUCGGCGUCACAAGAGUACCUCUAUCGGCCAUCGAACGACGCGUCGACGACCGAAAUGUGGUGUCGAAAUGGUUCACACUGGAGGAUCCGAACGAAGAGAAGAGAGUAUACAGAGGCAGAGUACAUCUGCGCCUCUGUUUCGACGGUGGAUAUCAUGUCAUGGACGAAGGCGCUCAUGUUUGCAGUGACUACCGCCCUACAGCCAGGCAGCUCUGGAAACCACCAAUCGGAACAAUCGAAUUAGGCAUAAUCGGAUGCAACGAUCUGCAGCCGAUAAAAACUAUCAACGCAAAAGGUUCAACCGACGCCUACGCAGUCGCGAAAUACGGCAACAAAUGGGUCCGGACUCGCACUAUCUCCGAUAGCUUAGAGCCGAGGUGGAACGAGCAGUACACGUGGCGUGUAUACGACCCUUCCACUGUUCUUACUGUCGGAGUAUUCGACAGUUGGGAAGUAGCCGAGUCAGAGGCCUCCCUAAGGCCCGAUUUCCGCAUUGGAAAAGUACGUAUUCGUAUCUCUACACUGACUACUGGCAAGGUGUAUAGAAGCGUAUUCCCGUUGAUGUUGUUGUCCCAAGCCGGCCUGAAGAAAAUGGGGAAGAUAGAACUGGCCGUCCGAUUCGUCCGAUCAACGCCAACGCUGGAUUUCCUACACGUGUACUCGCAGCCCCUGCUUCCGGCAAUGCACCACCUCAAGCCUCUCGGAAUGCUGCAGCAGGAAGCGCUGAGAUCCGCUGCUGUUAAGAUCGUGGCGACGCACCUCUCGCGGUCAGAGCCGCCCCUGCGACGCGAGGUGGUGAACCACGUGCUGGAGCAGGACGGCGCCAACGCAUUCAGCAUGCGGAGGGUGCGAGCAAACUGGUACAGGAUCAUAAAGGUGAUGGCGGGGGCGGUAGAGGUGUUCCGUUGGGUGGAGGACACGCGCUCCUGGAAGAACCCAACAGCCACCCUUCUCAUCCACGCGCUUAUGGUGAUUCUGGUGUGGUUCCCCGACCUAAUAGUCCCCACGCUGGCCUUCUACGUGUUCGCAGUGGGCGCGUGGAACUACAGGUUCCGUGCGAAGGCGGGGCUGCCGCACUUGGACCCGAGGCUGUCGCUGGCGGAGAGCGUGGACCGCGAGGAGGUGGACGAGGAGUUUGAGGCGAUGCCGUGCGCGAGGGGGAACGAGGUGGUGCGUGCGAGGUACGACAAGCUGCGGAUGCUGGGGGCGCGAGUGCAGGCGAUGCUGGGGGAUAUCGCGACGCAGGGGGAGAGGGUGCAGGCGCUGGUGACGUGGAGGGACCCGCGCGCGACGGGGAUCUUCGUGGGGUUUUGUUUCGUUUUGGCGUUGGUGUUGUAUAUGGUGCCGUCGAAGAUGGUGGCAAUGGCGUUGGGUUUCUAUUACUUGAGGCAUCCUAUAUUUAGGGACAGAAUGCCCUCGCCUGCUCUCAACUUCUUCCGCCGACUGCCUUCUCUCUCCGAUCGUAUGCUUUAACUAAUCACUACAUCUGUCCUUAAUUAUGCACUUGGUUAAUUCUGGAGUGAGAUUUGUAGCUAUCACUAUAAAGUUUCUAUAUUCAUAAUUCGAGUAUGUGCUGAUUGUAGUCUUUACAUUUAUUUAUUCAAGCUCUAGUUAAGUAGUA